GAAGCGAGGGACUUCGACGGGCGAGUCUUCUAUAUCGACCAUAACACUCGGCAGACCUCGUGGAUUGACCCCCGGGAUAGGAUUACAAAGCCAUUGACAUUUGCUGACUGUGUCGGUGAUGAGCUUCCUUUAGGAUGGGAAACUGUUUAUGAUCAACAGAUUGGAGUUUAUUAUAUGGACCACAUAAAUCAGCUCACGCAAAUUGAGGACCCAAGGGAGCAAUGGAGAAGGGAGCAGGAACGCAUGCUAAAGGAAUAUUUAAUAGUUGCCCAGGAGGCACUCAAUGCCAAGAAAGAGAUUUAUCAGAUCAAGCAGCAGCGUUUUGAAUUAGCCCAAGAAGAAUAUCAGCAAUUGCACAAAAUGUGUGAGGAUGACAGCCGUUCUUAUGCCAGCUCAUUCUCUGGAUUUUCAACCAAUACCAAGUAUGACCCAUAUCAGAUUAAAGCAGAAAUAGCCAGCCGUCGUGAUAGACUUUCUAGGCUGAAACGAGAACUGGCACAGAUGAAGCAGGAGCUGCAGUAUAAGGAAAAAGGAGUGGAGACUCUGCAAGAGAUUGACCGAAAGAUGUCAAGUGCUCAUACAAAUUACAGACUGGAUGAAGCACAAGCUAUAAUGAGUGAGCUUCGAACCAUAAAGAAAGCUAUAUGUACAGGUGAAAAAGAAAGGCAGGACCUUAUGCAGAGCCUGGCCAAGUUAACAGAUGGAUUCAGGAAUAGCUGUUGUAUUACAGAUUCACUGCAGGAUCUCCAGCACAAUUCUAGUUCACUCAGCGACUCCUGUUUACCUCAACAGCACUGUGAUGCUUAUUCUCAGACUGACAUCACUGGUGAGUUUGGGUUUGAUGACAAAACAAGACUUGUAGACAAAGUAAGACUGAACUGGCAGUAUGAAGAGGCAAAGAAAAGGGUUUCAAAUAUACAACAGCAGCUGGCCUUGCUAGACAAUGAAUCUUGGCCAGGAAUGGCUGAGGCGGACAGGGACCGUCUUCAGCUCAUCAAAGAAAAGGAGGCUCUUCUUCAGGAGCUGCAGCUCAUCAGUCAGCAGAGGCGAUCCCCAGAAGACAUUGCACGUUUGGAUGAAGAGAAAAGACGUUUGGAGGAUGAAAUUCAGCGGGCUCGAGCAACAUCUGCACAUGGGGCCACUGAAAGGAUACUCUUACAGGAAAAGAGAAAUUGUUUGCUUAUGCAGUUAGAGGAAGCUACUCGUUUAACCUCCUAUUUACACUCCCAGUUAAAAAGUCUGUCAGCUAGCACCCUCACAAUGUCCUCUGGCAGCAGCAGGGGAUCUCUGGCCUCCAGUCGAGGAUCCUUGGCCUCCAGCAGAGGCUCCCUCAGCUCGGUCAGCUUUACGGACAUCUAUGGCCUUCCGCAGUAUGACAAAUCAGACAGCGUCACAGACUAUGGGCAGCAUUUACGCUUUGACAUCAUUCCCUUCGAGUCUCUCACAAAGGAUGUGCCAUACGCUGAUCCUGUCGGACACUCGAAUUUCAACAAGCAGCGGAGGUCGCUGGAUACCCCACAGUCCCUGGCGUCCCUGUCAUCACGGUCCUCCUUGUCAUCGUUAUCCCCUCCAAGCUCACCUCUGGACACCCCAUUUCUCUCUGCAUCUCGAGAUUCUCCCUUGGCUCAGAUGUCAGAAGGUUUUGAGGAAAUGGCAAGCAUAGGAGCCCUGGAAAUGCUCAGGGCUCAGACCACAGCAUUGGGUGACGAUGAUACACAAGGAACAAGCUCAUCUCACAUGUCCGCUUACCCUGUGGACGGUGAAGCCUUGCGAGAAAUGGGACCACAGCUGACUGCUGCCCAGACUGUUGGAGCUGUAACUCUGCGAGGAGACAGUGGUAGAAGAUCGGAGAGGCGAGCCAGGCGAGUUUCAGCAUGUCUCUCAGAUCAUUCACUGGCUAGUGACAGUGGCGUGUUUGAAGCUUUAAGCAAAAGGAAUGAAGAUCUGGAAGAACCUGCUUAUGGUGAUGCUGCCAGUAAUGAAGAACCACAAAUACAUGUUGGAUUUCUGCAUGACAGUGGAAGUGAAUGUCUGUUAGUCCAUGUACUACAGCUGAAGAACUUCACUAGUCUAGUUGUGAAAGAAAACUGCAAAAUUCAUGUGAGAGUUUACUUGCCACCACUUGAGUCAGGCACACCAACCACUUACUGCUCUAGAGCUAUGGAAUUUCAAACUCCGUUAAUAUUUAAUGAAGUUUUCCGAAUCCCCGUGCAUUCAAGUGUUUUGAAGUUAAAAUCACUGCAGCUGUAUAUCUGCUCUGUUGACCAUCAGCAACAAGAAGAACUAUUGGGCAUUGCUCAGAUAAACCUGACUGAUGCAGAGAGUUCUGGUGAGAUGCAGCUUCACUGGUAUACUGUUCAGAUCUUCACUGGCUCAGACCCCCAAAGAGCAAAGAACAAAAACCAGUGUGAAGAAAGUAUUCCCUGUUCUUCUGGAAAUGUAACUACAGUUAAAACAGAUGCAGUGACUGCCCUCUUAGCUCGGACCACCGCCCAAUUGGAAGCAGUUGAGAGAGAGCUGGCAGAAGAGAGAGUAAAACUGGAAUACACAGAGGAGGAAAUCUUGGAGAUGGAAAGAAAGGAAGAUCAAGCAGAAGCCAUAUCAGAACGGAGUUGGCAAGCAGAAUCUGUUGACAGUGGAUGCAGUAAUUGCACCCAGACUAGUCCUCCUUACCCAGAGCCAUUUUGUGGGGAUUCGUUAGCUGGACACAUGUUUGCAGCUCCAGCAGGCCAGUACAGUCCUGGAAAAAUGCAGCCUCCACCACUAAAGGUGGAUAAGGAAACCAACACUGAGGAUCUGUUUCCUGAAGAAGUUGCUAUUCUUCCAAAAGAGAGAACUAGCCGCAGGCCACGGGGUUCUGCUUUUGUUCGCAGUAGUACUAUUGUUCGUUCCCAGACCUUCUCGCCUGGAGCACGAAGUCAAUAUGUUUGCAGACUGUAUCGCAGUGACAGUGACAGUUCGACUCUGCCAAGGAAGUCGCCCUUUGUCCGGAACACGUUGGAGAGGCGCACCCUGCGGUAUAAGCAGUCCUGCAGAUCAUCUUUGGCUGAGCUUAUGGCAAGGACGUCCUUAGACCUGGAGCUGGAUCUCCAGGCAUCCAGAACUAGACAGAGACAGCUGAACGAGGAGAUAUGUGUUUUAAGAGAGUUGAGACAGCGUCUGGAAGAUGCCCAGCUCAGAGGGCAGACAGAUCUACCCCACUGGGUCCUUCGGGAUGAGCGAUUCCGAAACUUGUUGAGGGAAGCAGAAAGGCAGACCAGACAGACCAAAUUUGAACAUCACCAAGAGCAAGCAGCUGAAAAGAUGCUAAAGAAAGCAUCAAAAGAAAUAUACCAGUUGCGUGGGCAAAAUCAGAAGGAGCCUAUUCAGGUGCAAACUUUCAGAGAGAAGAUAGCUUUUUUCACAAGACCAAGGAUUAACAUACCUCCUCUGCCAGCUGAUGAUGUAUGACAUGUUGCAUUG